CACAAUGAUUCCGCAGCGCUUUUCUGCACCCCCUUUCGCGAACCGAAAGGAAACACCUGAAAGCUCAUUUCAGUCUUCGAGUUUCAGCGAAGACGUAUAUCAAAGUGAGAGAAAUCUGCUUCCAUCUCCCGGAAACUCAUUUGCUAACUCUUCUUCUGGACCUUUUCUCGAUUCGGCAAAAAUGAGGCAACCAGAGAUUGAAAAUUACGGAAGAACAGAUUUAAAUAGCUUCACGGAGCCCGCUGGAAGAAAUUUGAACCAAUCUCCGAGUGGCGGAUUUUUUGCACUGCCUUCAGAUAAUAGUUUAACGCAGCCUUCAAACUCAGGAAACUCAUCUGAUAGAUAUUUCAAUGCACAUUCAGAUAAUUAUAACCAUGCCGAUAGUGGAAGUUAUAAUUAUAAUUACAAUCAUAACCAGGUUAAGCAUGGAAUCGGUAAACCAGAAGCCCCACAAGUGGUAGUACCUACAAAACCUCCGUUUCAGUCGAAUUUGGGUAGUUUUUCCAAAUCAAGUGGAAAUAACAAUGAUUCCCAAAAUAUAACUACAGGUGUAAGAAAUUCAAGUGUAAAUCAGCGCGAUUCUCAAAGUUGGAGUGGAAAUAAUUCAACUACAUUUCAUGCGCGAAAUGAUGUUGAUAUUGCCAGCCAAAAUCAAAAUAAUCGCGCAGCUUCAGAAAACUUCCAGAAAUUGUUCGACAAAAUCCAAAAUCGAUACCAGCAUCAUCAAUAUCAAAGCAGUGGCGAUUCAUUUUUCGAUUUGGACAGGUUCAAAAAUACCGAAGAUUCGGGAAUGCGUCGAAAUAACGAUGAUGCUUAUGAUAGAAGCACAAAUAGUAGUUCCUAUAGAAGAGAUUCGAUGGGAAGCGUGAGCAGUUGUUCUACGUCGGGAUUUGGUCAGAGGUUUGGCCGAGAUAGUUCUAGUGACUCUGGGUGUAACUCUGGAAGUGUGACAGGAAUGUCGACAGGUGUUUCUGAUUUCAGCCAAGGAGGUAAAUCGAACGUCCACAGCAGAUUGUCAUUGACCACCACCAAGAAUCACAACCAGGCCAAUCAGAACCAAGAAAUCCAGGCACUCAAUACUGGCGUGUACCUGGACCCGUUCAACUGUGACUUGUACGUGACAGUGUCGAAUAACGGAUUGUCAGCUUAUGAUUUGGGAUCGAAAGGGUUCCAGAAUUUGUGGGGAGGCAUUAUGGCCACACAUGGACUUGUUUCUGGAAAGGCAGCUUUCGAAGUGUACCUUGAGGAAAACCUGCAGGUGGAGUUUGAAGAGAACGAGACCAAAGCAGGCGGAACUCCCCACGUCACAAGAGUUGGCUGGUCACAGGAUUUCACAGAUUUGAAUCUGGGAGAAGUGAAGGACAGUUGGGGCUACGGUGGCACGGGGAAAAAGAGCACAAAGAGGAUAUUCACUGAUUACGGGGUCAAGUUCGCAGUUGGAGAUGUUGUCACCUGCUAUUUAGACAAGAAAGCGCAAGGUGGCCACGGAGAGAUCAGUUACGCAGUGAAUGGCCAGUUCAUGGGGAUGGCCUUUGUGCUUAACAAGUGCGAAAAACCCCUCUUUCCCCACAUAGCAUCCAAGAACAUGAAGUACUCUGUAAAUUUUGGGCUGGUACCUCCGGUCUUUGCCCUUCGGCCUGGAUUUGAGAUGAUUGCCAGGUGUGGCGGGGAGCUGCAGCCAGCGUUUAAACCGGGAGAGUCGCCUGAAGAUUACGAGUGGAACAUGUUUGUUGGACUCCCGGCUGCCGGGAAGACGACCUUCAUUAAGGAGUUUGUGGCUCGACACCCUGAGAAGAAGUAUGUGGUGUUGGGCACCAAUGACAUCAUAGACAAGAUGAGGGUGACAGGGUUAACUAGGAAGAACAACUACCACGGCAGAUGGGAGGCACUGUUCGACAGGGCAAACGACAUACUCAAAACUUUCUUCCGCUUCUCCCAUCAAAAGCUGCGCAACUACAUUGUGGAUCAGACUAAUGUGUAUCAGUCGGCCAGGCUGAAGAAGAAGAAGUUCUACAAGGGCUAUCAGUGCAACUGCUACGUGGUGAUGUGUGACCCAGCUGAACUGGAAAAGAGGACUGUCAAGACAGGAAGGGAGGAUGGCAAAUGGGUUCCAGUUAAGUCAGUGAUGGAGAUGAAGAAAUUCUACAAACUACCGGACCAGAAGGUUGAGAACUGGACUAGUAUUCACUACGUAGAGGAAGAUGAACAAACGAGCAAGAAACUGGUGACUGAGUACAACAAAGAAGCCAACCUGUUCUUUCAACAGAAACUCGACCAACUGCCAGAAAACAGAGAAAUCCCCCAUCCACGAUACAAACGGAUGAUCGAAGACGACCCGAAAGGACUCAAUUCCGAACCAUCAGCGAAACGAAACCGACUGCAAUCUUCAACAGAAAGUGACAAUGAUUACCAAUUGAAAUCGAGAUAUAUUAACACAGAAAAUAAGACAGUUGAUCUUGCAAAAUGCAACCCUUUCAAAGCAAAAACGGCGCCGCCUCUAAUGCCACGGCGAUUUGAGCCUAAGCAAGAAAACCCGAAUGAAAUUUCGAAUUCAAUUGGUUUACCUGCUGCUAAAAGUAUUAGUAAGAGCAGUAAUAAUUAUAACCAAAAACUGCAUUUAACUCGAUGGUCCCAAGAAGCGGAAAUUAAUAAUUUUUCCGGGUCAAGUGGAAAAGAUGUCAAUAAUGUAUCUUCAUUCCAGCAGUUUGGUUACAGUUUACACAAAGGUUCCGCUGCUAAAGAUGUGCCACAAACGGAAUUGUCAUUUGUAAAUAAAGAUAAUUUUGGGGUGUCGAAAGCUAUGAAUAGUUAUCAAAGUUCGAAUUACAAAAUUUCGAACAUUAUCAGUAGUUCCCCAAAUUACGUGCAGUCGAAAAAUGGCUCGCUGAGUUCCCCAAUAAAAACUGAAGUCUCGACAUCCUUGCAGAAUUCAAAAGAAGGAAGUUUCAAAAGACCUCAUCCACCUCCACCCGUGGUGGUUAAAUACAGUCAAACACAACAAAAAAUGAGAGGGGACAACGUGCCUCUAUUGAAACCAAAUAUCCAACCUUUCAAACCAAAUAUCCCGCCUUUUCAGCGACAAAUGGGAAUGAAUUUGAACUCAGGGGUAAAACAGGAAGCCAAUCAAAUUUCUUUGUCGCCUGUGGUGAACUCAUCUGCCCCGCCGUUUAGAGGAACCGCGAAUAGUAGUUUCGAUGGUUUGAGACCUGUUAGACCGACAUUAAGAAAGCAAUUAGCGCCUUUCAAGGCCAAAUCUGAGAGGCAAGAUAGUUGGUCAAGUGAUGGAUGGCUUUCAUAUGGCCACCAAAACGAAGCAUCUUGCAGAAGACAAAUUGAUGGAGUUUAUCGCCAAGAAGCUGACAAUUAUGAACAAGCGAUUCAAAACGAUAAUCCGAAUAGCGCAGAAAUGCAAUAUGGUCAAAUGAAUUUAGGAAGUUCUCAACAGAAUGAUGUGAAAUUUGGGAGUAGAACUGGAAGUUAUGGGAUGCCUACUGGCCAACUUAUGCAACAAUCAAGUACUUAUAACCAAAGAAACUAUCAAUAUGGGCAGGUAAAUGAUCAACUGUACCGAAAAAAUGAUCUUUUUCAGCAGCAAAAUGUGCAAGUUGAGCAGGAAACUAAUGCAGAAUUUAGUGGACAGAAAAAUAUUCAACCCGGUCUGCUCUAUUAUCAAUCGGCUCAACAUUUUGACCAGCAAUGCAAUCAAUUCGGAAGUGAUCAAAUUGUCCGGAAGUCGGAGGCAUUUAGUCUAAAUAAUCAAUCAACAAGUCAAAGCAGUGCUAAUACGGCGAUGCGCAAACAAAACUCAAGGUUCAAUUCGUAUGCUGACGAGUUCGCUCAAAAUCCUGACGUUAGCAAUGCUAGUCAUAAAAGUAUCGAAAGUACGUCACCAGGAAAGAUGUCAAAUCUGAAAAGAGGCUGUGAUUUCGAAACAAACCUAGGCGAAGGACUAGGAAUUGGAAUCAAACUCGAACCAGAAUUUUUAGACUAAUAAAUAGUUAAGAUAUAAGCAUAAACUAAUUGAACAAGAUUGUUCAUUAUUAUUGUAAAGAUGGAAUAAUUUUUUUGAUCCGUUUCUCAACGUUUCAUUGUACAUAUGUUGAUGAUAAUUUGACUUUCCUCUAAUUUGUGUGCUUGUUUGAGGGAAACAAAAGUCAC